GGAAGGCUCUUCAAGCCUAAUUUGCAAUGAAAAUGUUUAAUUCUGUCCAAUUUUUUUAUAGUCACUAUUUCAGUUUAAAUGGAACUCUUUUGACAAGCAUGAUGAUGCAGUCAGAUGACUAUUCCGCUGAUGUCACUGACCGUCCUUUGUUUUGGUAAAGCCUGUGGGUUCUUGCUCAACGAUGUAUUACAAAAUCAUUGUGUUCGAUGCGUCGUGAUGAUUAAUGUCAGGAUGUAUGACUGAUCGUCACAUGUCAGCCUUCUUCCUUGAAACCAGAGCUUUGCUUGACUGCGGAACCUCACUUCUCCUUUGACCCCUGCUGAUGUUAGCGCAACUUGGCGUCAGCCUAAAAGCAUACCAAGUGUGGACUUUAAACCCAAAUGAACUCAGCGGCCGGUAGAAAAAAAAACAAAAUGGCCCUUUCUUAGUGCAAGAAAGCAUUGUUGGUUGCAGAGUUUCCCAACCUUUAUUGCGACAGGGUUCUACUACAAGUCUUAUUUAUGCAAUGGGUGUACCUGCACAACAACUGAUUACAUCCAUACAGUAAGCAACUGAGCACCGUCAGCAACAUGAAAGCAAUAAACAAAUUGGGGCUUUUAGCUGCGAUGAUGACAUGUUCAAAGGGCAGUCAGAAGUGCGGCUUACCCAAGUGCACGUUUUCUUCUUGUGUGUGCGAGACACAAACAGCCAUGGUGGAAACUGAGGAAUUGGCAAAGCCUGAGAGGAGCGGGAGAUUAACUGUGGUCCUGGCACUGGCCACACUUGUAUCUACAUUUGGCUCAUCCUUCCAGUAUGGAUACAACGUAGCUGCCAUCAACUCUCCAGCACCAUUCAUGCAGCACUUUUACAACGUCACUUUCGUCGAGCGUUACGGUGAGCCAAUGGGGGAGAACCUGCUGACUCUGCUGUGGUCUCUGUCAGUGUCUAUGUACCCCCUGGGAGGCUUCUUUGGGUCUCUCAUGGUGGCCCCGCUGGUCAACAAACUGGGAAGAAAGGGAACCCUCCUUUUCAACAACAUCUUUUCCAUUGUCCCUGCACUGAUGAUGGGAGUCAGUGAGCUGGCCAAGUCCUAUGAGAUCAUUAUCGUGGCUAGGUUCAUAGUGGGCAUCUGCGCAGGUCUUUCAUCCAACGUGGUGCCCAUGUAUCUGGGCGAACUGGCCCCCAAAAAUCUGAGAGGAGCCAUUGGGAUCGUACCGCAGCUCUUCAUCACCAUUGGCAUCCUGAUUGCCCAAGUGCUUGGAAUCAGAAACAUACUGGGCAACAGCACAGGUUGGACCCUCCUGCUGGGCAUUACCGGCAUUCCUGCCGUGAUAGAGCUCAUGCUGUUGCCGUUCUUCCCAGAGAGCCCUCGGUACACGCUCAUCCAGAGGGGUGAUGAAAUAACGGCAAAGAAAGCAUUACAGAGCCUGCGUGGCAGGGACGAUGUGACUCAAGAGCUUUCAGAGAUGCGUCUAGAAGACCAGUCGGAGAGGAUGGAGGGACGCUUGUCCGUGCUGUCCCUGCUUUCCCAGCGUUCCCUUCGCUGGCAGCUGGUCUCCAUCAUCGUCAUGAAUAUGGGACAGCAGCUGUCCGGGGUGAAUGCGAUCUACUACUAUGCUGACAGCAUAUAUGCCAGCGCAGGGGUCGCGGAGAAUGACAUCCAGUACGUCACAGUUGGGACGGGUGCGGUGAAUGUCUUAAUGACCGUAGCGGCAGUCUUCAUCGUUGAAGCCUCAGGACGACGACUCCUACUACUCUGUGGAUUUGGGAUUUGCUGCGGCGCUUGUGUCUUGCUCACGGUUGCUCUCACCUUCCAGGAAAGGGUGACAUGGAUGCCCUACGUCAGCAUCACGUGUGUCAUCAUCUACAUCACCGGUCAUGCUAUCGGACCCAGUCCCAUCCCUUAUGUGGUGACCACUGAGAUGUUCCGGCAGUCGGCCAGGCCCGCAGCCUUCAUGGUGGCCGGCUCUGUCCACUGGCUCUCCAACUUCACUGUUGGCCUACUAUUCCCUUUUAUGGAGAGAGGCCUAGGCGCCUACAGCUUUAUAAUUUUUUCUUUUAUUUGUCUGGCCACACUGAUCUACAUCUGGCCGGUGGUCCCCGAGACCAAGAGUAAGACCUUCCUGGAGAUCUGCCAGAUGUUUGCCAAGAGGAACAGAGUGGAGAUCAAACUUGGCGAUGGGCCACUGAAAGGGAGCAAAGAAAACCUGCAGGAUGCAGAGAAGGUCACAUCCUUUUGAAGACACCAAUAGAUCUUUCACAGAAGAGGAAGUCUUCACUUUGGGGGGGCAGGGGGGUUGCAUUACACUGCAUGUUCCUCUUGUGUUUUUGAUGAACUUUUGCACAGGGUCUUUUGUUGAAAAAUACAAAAAUAAACAAAUGAGACACUGCAUGGCUGGACAUUGAAGCCAUUUUAUUCCCAGUACGAAGAUGAUGAAUACAAGGAUGAAGCUCAAGUUGACGGUAAAUAUCAUAUUUACCGACAAUUUCAUCACAUUGUCACUAUUCUGCGUCACUGUUGCGCUUUUGUGUGUAUCACACUCUGCGACAGUCUUGUUUUUUUGUAUUGAUGUCUUUUUUAUCCUUGAAUACAUCACGAUGAAGCACUAAAAGCCCCCAAGUCACCACUAAGAUACGGUUAUCCUCUGCCUGGUCAUAUUUUUGGGGGGCACCUAUCUGUUGCUAUUUGCAG